AUGUUUGCUGCGGCCCGACUGCCCGUUGCGGAGCGCCAUGCGGAAUGUCCCCUCUCCUUCACGCCGCUGUACAAAGGUCCUGUGGCUGUCUUCCUGGAUACUGCCGGAAAGCGGGUUGGUCAGCAAUUCUACAGCUUGGACGCUGCAAACGCCUUCCUGAAAAUCCACGGCGAUGGUGCGAGAUGUCCGGUGACAAACUUGCCGGUUGCCAAAGCACAAGAGGUACCAAGCAUCACAGAGGACCCCAAAGCUUGGUUCCGUCUGUGUGAUGCUGAUGGCGAUCGCAAGCUGAGUCGUGACGAGGUCGUCUCUGCGCUGAAGGCGCAACUGCCUCUAGAUAACCGGGCGAUCGACAAAUUCCGGACAGAUGAUGCGGCUUGGCGGUUGUGGGAUGCUGACCAGAGCGGCUUCAUUGAGUAUAUCGAGAUCAUGAAUGACGACAAGGGUAUCCUUAAAUUCGUUCGUGAUUCCUUUGGCAAGGUCGCCUCGGAAGCCCCAAUCCCGGAUUUGCGCAGAGAUCGUGACAGUUGGUACAGGUAUUGGGACGAAGACGAGAGUGGCGAGCUGGAGUUUGAAGAAGUCGUGCGGGCUUUUGGAAAGACUUUCCAGAUCGAUGUAGGAGGAAUCUCGCAGUUACGUGAAAGCCUAGGUGCAGUAUGGGCAGUUUUCGACACGGAUAAUUCUGGGGCGGUGGAUCACCGCGAAUUCUUGGCUCGGGAUGGCUUGGCAGAUACAGUUCUGGCGACCAUGAACCACCGGUAG